AUAUUAAGUGUAUUCGUUGCCCAAAAUGUGGCGGAUGUUAAAUACGAGCCCAACUGGAAGUCCAUAGACUCCCGGCCCCUACCCCAAUGGUUUGACAAUGAUAAAAUUGGCAUAUUCUUACACUGGGGAGUUUUCUCUGCUAUAGGCUAUAAAAAUGCCUGGUUUUGGAACAAUUGGAAAAACGACCAUGACAAGGAUAUGAUCGCGUUUAUGAACAAAAAUUUUAAGCCUAACUUCACGUACGCCGACUUCGCCCCGUUGUUCACGGCUGAGUUUUAUGACCCCGAUCAUUGGGCCGAGAUAUUCAAAGCUUCAGGGGCCCGGUAUGUGGUGCUGACCAGUAAACACCACGAGGGCUAUACCCUAUGGCCGUCGAAGUACUCGUGGAACUGGAACGCCAUGGAUGUGGGACCCAACCGGGACCUCGUCGGUGACCUAGCUAAAGCCGUGCGAAAAGCUGACCUCCGGUUUGGUUUAUAUCACUCGCUGUACGAGUGGUUCAAUCCGUUGUAUUUGGAGGACAAGGCCAACAAAUUUGCCACAAAUAGAUUCGUAACGCACAAAACACGUCCGGAAUUGGAAGAGAUAGUGAAUGCAUACAAACCGGAAGUUAUCUGGUCUGAUGGGGACUGGGAGGCACCGGACACCUACUGGAACAGUACCGACUUUUUAGCAUGGUUAUACAACGAGAGCCCGGUUAAGGAUACUGUAGUCACUAAUGAUCGAUGGGGUCAAGGUACACCGCAAACUCAUGGUGGUUAUUAUAGUGGUCCGGAUCGUUAUCAACCCGAUGUACUACCAAAGCAUAAGUUUGAAAAUGCAAUGACCGUGGACAAAAAUGCCUGGACAUUCAGACGUGACGUACAAUUGUCGGACUUCCUGACCCCUCACGAACUCAUUGCCACAUUAGUACAGACUGUCAGCCUGGGUGGAAAUAUCUUAAUAAACGUCGGGCCCACACACGACGGCCGCAUAGCACCCAUAUUCGAGCAAAGGCUCCGGGAGUUGGGCGCAUGGCUUGCCGUCAACGGGGAGGCCAUCUAUGGGUCGAAGCCGUGGACCCAUCAAAACGAUACCAUCACUCCUCACAUUUGGUAUGAAUUGUAUACCAAACAGACCGACAAAACAGUGUACGCGUCGGUAUUGGAUUGGCCUAAGACUGACGCACCGGUAGUGUUGGGUGCCGUCAACUACACCGCCGUCUCGUCCGUCCAACUUCUGGGCCUUAAGGAUGGGCUGAAGUUGAGCGAAGGGAAGGGUGCCAGC